AUGGUUCAGGUCCGGCACAUUAUCACGCUCCCCAAGCUUGCUCGGCCGAUGCCGGUGCCCCUUCCCAUGCCUCCUAUGGUGUGCACCGGCAGCGUUGGGCCCAGCCUUCCUUCCCGCCCCUCCUUCUCACCUCCGAGCGGCACGCAGCACAUGCCGGGUCUCCCUGGCGUGCGCUGUCCCACCUGUGCCUCCAAAGGCAACGAGGUCUGGGUCAUCCCAGGACGCGCCUGUGGCUACUGCGGCACUCCGUGCUGCUAA